AUGCCCUUAGUUUGGUCGGUCGGUGAGAUACAGUGGCAGAUGCGGCGGAUCUGCUCCCCGGGCCGGAAGUCUAAGACUGAUCCAGAUAGCACAUGUUGCCCUCCCUUCCGGCGCACGUUGCAGCCCCACGUGUUGGCUGCUCGCUAUGUGGUACGCAUUAGGAUAUUCGCACAGAAGGCGGGCGUCGAAACGCUUUGGUUUCUUGGUGAACUUGCGUAUCUGCUUGAUACUCAUUCUUGGGAUUUACUGAGUGCAUAG